AAGAACGGCAAUCCGGUUGCUGAACUUCGUGUUUCAAGUUCGAAGGAGAGAAAACCUGGGGGGACAAGUAGCAGGGCUGACCCGCUCUUCUCAGUCACUGCCCACAUCACGUCCCGUUACCAUGCUCCACACUAAGGUUAUAGUCAUCGUGCUACUUGCCGCAGUCUUCGUGGACGGAACUGCAGUUGAUAAGUUACUUCAACUUCACAGGGUCAUGAAGCUUGAACCCAAGUUUGAGAAAGCGAUCACAAAAAACUUGACUAAAAGUACGGAGCAGAAAAGACACGUGAGAGGAGAACAGCAAAGCUUAUAUUUUCACCCAGUUCCUACCGGCAAUCAUGAACUAGUUCAGCCGAAUCAGCAGCAAGUUUACAUUCAAGAAAACCCAACAGAUCAGUCACAGUAUCAAAUAAAUCAUCAGUCGGAUCAUCCGCAGUACUUUGCUACUACAACUCCUGAUCAUGGAACUCAUCAAAACUUAGAUGCCGUGCAGUAUUAUCCUGUUACACAUCAAAACGUCGAAAGCGGAAAACAGGGCUUAUUCAACCAGCAAGACAACUACAGAGUACCGGUUGUUUUCCGAUUUCAGCCCAAUUAUGAGCACUACCUGCAGAACGUGCAAUACGAAGCUGAUCAAUUGCAAGAUACAGAAAAUAAAAACGAGCUUGGCGAUCCCCAAAGAAAGUAUGUUCAGAAUUUAUACGAUCAUUCAAGCGCACAUCCUGCAGAAACCGUAAAAUACACUCCAUUGCAUUUGCUUGUAAACAAUUUGGUUGAACCAGGGAAAACAACCAUACAAGGUGGAUCGUUCGAAUUCGGGAAACAGCCUAUCAUGCCUGUAUAUCAUUAUCUUCCUGUUCCAAAGGGUACAUUUCCAGAUACUUCGGCGGUAGAACUCAAAGACGAAAGAAUUAAAGAAACCAGACCGUCCAUUGCGGAAUCUCCUGAAACCCCCGAUGAAAAUGAAUACCCGAACAACGAAAAUCAUGACUACAGUAUGUACGAUUUCGGCUACAGAGUCACAGACAACGAAAAAGGGGUAGAAAUGGGAAAAGUUGAAUCCAAAUUGAACGGUUUGACCAAGGGCAACUACCACGUCCUUUUGCCCGAUGGUAGGCUCCAAAUCGUCAAAUAUUGGUCAGAUCACACAGGCUAUCACACGGAUAUAUCAUAUCGUUCCAAAUUGUCAAGUUGAAUUCGCGAAUAUAAAAUAUUCCGUUCUGUAAACCGUCGAAGUCAAAAAUGGAGCUACCACGUUGAUAAACGAUAAUAAAUUCACUUUAUUGCUUCAAUCUAUAGCAUGUAGCAAGCUGUGUAAAUAUUUAAUAUUUGUA